ACAUUUCAAUUGAGAACGUGUGACGAAGAUGUCGGAAAAAGAUCUGGAUGCGAUUAUUUUGGAGACCCAAAAGGUUUUGGGCAAGUACAUCAAAAAGCCACCGCUCACGGAGAAGCUGCUGAAGAAGCCGCCAUUCCGAUUUCUAAUGGAUGUCUUUAGUAACUUUAUCAAGCAAAGUGGCACAUUUGAUGGAUUAUACACGCCGGAAGAGCAGAUGUUCGAGAACAUAACCAGUCGGGAGGAUAAGAUUCGAUUUCUGCAGAAGAUGAUCGAUGCAACCAAACUAACAACCAAACUGGAUCUCAAAGUACGCACUUCAAAAAUAGUUGCUGGCCAGGAACCGGAGCUCACCAAUGAGCUCCUCCAGGCGAUGGCCAGUGUUGCGGAAAAGAACUUGGAGUGGGACAGCAUUGUGGAUCAGGUGGUGAUUUCCCACAGCAAAACACCACUGACGCUUACCAAGCCACCGAAGGAAACUAAAAAUUCAAGCAAAAAUCCCUCACCCGCCGGCAAGGAUGAGGAUGCAAAGCGACGCAAGGAGAAACGUAUAUCGCCUCAAGAGCAGAAGCUGCGCAAGGUCAAAGAACAGGUGUCCCGUUCUACUCCCCCCACCGAGAAGGAUAAAGCAUCCCAGAAGAAGUCCAAGGCACCCAAGGAUGAGACGAAGUUAAGUCGACAAAACUCGAAGCAAAAGAGUCCGUCACCAGUUAAGCAGAAGUCCAAAGCCAAACUGCAGCCUUCAACAGAGAGCGAUAAUCUUAGCCAGUCUAUGUCGCCAGUGGAAGAAGGAUCAACCAAGCCUGCUGCAAGCGAAAGUGCUCCAAGCAAACCAGAGCCGGAAAUGGUUCCUCCAUUAAAAGAGAAGGAGGCAGUGGUGAGACCUGUCCAGGAAACUCCAACUGCUCCACCAGCUGAGCCUGAGAGUCGCAAAUCCUCUAGCAGAAGUCGCCGUUCUAGUGGCAGCCACAGGCAACCGGAACCUAAUCCCAUUCCCAAUGAGAGCCAAUCCCAGCCAGCGGUGCAGUCGUCAGAAACCAGCUCUCCACCGGAGACCAACAGCGGCGAAGCGAAGCGGGAGGUUCCCCUCACCAGAGAGAACUCUAAGGAAGUGAAUCAACGGCCCAGAACCUCACUUAGACCUCCAUCCGCUCGACCCGCCUCCGCACGUCCCGGAGCUCCACGACGUCGCAAUGUGGAGAUCGUGCUCCAGCCAAACGAUCAGAUCAAAAUGUCGGGCAUAAAUGUAAAGCUUGAAACCUUUGGCGACUUGGACGACGACGGAGAGAACCUGGUGAUCAUAGAAGAUUCCGCCGCCCAUGAUAUUGUCGAAGGUGGCGGUGACGAACCGGCAUUGGAAGGACAGCUCGAUGCCCAGGGACGAUUGGUGCAGCAGAUCUUGGAAACGCAAAAGGAACUGGUCAAUCAAGGCGCCGAAGUGGAACCGCCUCCAGCACAGGCAGGCCGACAAACUUCUGCGCGCCAGGUGAACGACGUACGCGACGUAGUCCAAAAGCUCACCAAGUCGAUAGGUCCGCUGGGUAAACUACUGGACUGCAUACCCGAGGAUUUUGAUGCAAUGCAGCUGGAGCUUACGAUGUGGCGCGACACCUACACGCAGGCAUCCACGGAACUAAAAAGGGAGCAGACUCUCACGGCAUCUGCCACGGAGCCCCUGCAGCAUCAGUUGCAGCAAAUCCAAGCCAGCAUUGCGGAGUACCGGGAGCUAAUCGACGAGAGUCGCCACAAGAUCUUGCAAAACAACGCACGUAUUCUGAAGUUGAUGAUGGAACAGUAAGCAUUGAGGAUUAAUAAGCAUUGUUAAAAAUUCAAGAGAGUUUUAUCG